GAGUGGAUCCCAAUCCAGACUUCGCUUCUGUUGGACUGGUUAGGUUAGGGAUAGUUGUUCAACCGGCUGGUUGACAGACAUGACCGUGGCAGUAUACGUGUGAUUAUGCGCACUUGCAGUUAGUAAGUCAGUUUAACUAAGUAGCUGUGUAUAAUUUGUUGUAGUUUUUCUAACCAACUCUCAUUGGAUUUCAAUUCUUCGACAGUUUGUAGCCUCCACCUGUUAUUUGCUACAUCGCAGGGCUAAGUUAGCCAACGUCACGGUUACUGUUGACUGCUAGCUCAAACUAGCAAAGUGUUACAGUUUCUGCCUCUGCUGCGUAUGAAAGUGAGAUUGUGAACAUGCUCCAGUGAAUGAUGUACAGACUGUUGGUAUUAACUGUGGCUGUCGGGGCAGUGCAGGGAUGCAGCAACACAGAGAGCUGCCCAACAGUGUCCAAUGCUUCCAGGGACUACUGCUACUCUGCUCGAAUUCGCAGCACCGUACUCCAAGGGCUGCCUUUCGGCGGGGUACCGACCGUCCUCGCCCUUGACUUUAUGUGCUUUUUGGGACUGCUGUUUGUGUUCUCUAUCUUGAGAAAAGUAGCAUGGGACUAUGGCCGUCUUGCCCUGGUGACCGAUGCUGACAGAAGAAAGGAUCAACGGUACAGUCGUCUGGAUGAUCGGGAGUUUCAUGAAACUCUAUGCAAACCUUUGGCGUUCUCUGCUGACAGUAUUGCCUCCACCGUGACACCUGAGACUACCGAUCGCUACGAGCGACUCACCUCAGUUUCAAGCUCAGUGGACUUUGAGCAGAGAGACACCGGCUUCUGCUCCUGGCUGACUGCCAUCUUCCGCAUCAAGGAUGAGGAGAUACGGGAGAAGUGUGGGGAAGAUGCCGUGCAUUACCUGUCCUUUCAGCGGCACAUCAUCGGCCUGCUGGUAAUAGUGGGUGUGCUCUCUGUGGGCAUCAUCUUGCCUGUUAACUUCUCAGGAAACCUACUAGAUAAGAAGAUCUACGUGAUAAACUUCGGCAAUGCACUACUGUGGCUGCACACCACCUUUGCGUUUCUCUACCUGUUACUGACAGUUUACAGCAUGAGACGGCACACGUCCAAGAUGCACUACAAGGAGGACGAUCUGGUGAAACGUACUUUAUUUGUCAACGGCAUCUCCAAAUAUGCAGAGGAGAAAGAGAUAAAGCAACAUUUUGAGCUGGCAUAUGAAAACUGCUCUGUGCUCGAGGCACGAAUCUGUUACAACGUGGCCAGGCUGAUGUACCUCAACUCUGAAAGGAAGAAAGCGGAGAGGAACAAGAAGUUCUUCCUUGACCUACUAGCCAAGGAGCAUGUUGACACCAUGAUAAACCCAAAACCCUGUGGACACCUCUGUUGUUGUGUCAUUAAAGGCUGCGAACAGGAAGAGGCUGUGAGCUAUUACACUAAGCUUGAGGCUCAACUGAAGGAUGACUCCAGAAAGGAGAGGGAGAAGUUGAACGGGAAGCCUUUAGGGAUGGCCUUCGUCACCUUCCAGAAUGAGGCCAUAACUGCCAAAAUUCUGAAGGACUUCAACGCCUGCAAGUGUCGGGGCUGUCACUGCCGCCGUGAGCCCAUGACUUCCCAGUUCAGCGGCAAGCUGCACACACACAACUGGACAGUCAGCUAUGCGCCCGAUCCACAAAAUGUCUACUGGGAGCAUCUGUCAGUGGGGGGAUUAUCCUGGUGGUUCCGCUGCUUCAUCAUCAACUGUGUCCUCUUCAUCCUCCUCUUCUUCCUUACCACCCCAGCCAUCAUCAUCUCCACCAUGGACAAGUUUAACGUCACAAAACCUGUGGAGUACCUGAAUGUGGGUGUUCAUCUGUUGAAUCCAAUCAUCACCCAGUUCUUCCCCACCCUCCUUCUGUGGUCUUUCUCGGCCUUGCUUCCCACCAUUGUCUACUACUCUGCCUUCUUUGAGGCACACUGGACCCGGUCUGGAGAGAACAGGACAACAAUGCAUAAAUGCUACACUUUCUUAAUCUUUAUGGUCCUAUUGCUGCCCUCUCUAGGACUCAGCAGUUUGGAUGUUUUCUUCCGGUGGCUUUUCGACAAAAGAUUCUUGGCUGAUGCAGCAGUGAGAUUUGAGUGUGUGUUUCUACCUGAUAAUGGAGCCUUUUUUGUGAAUUAUGUCAUUGCGUCUGCUUUCAUCGGUAAUGCCAUGGACCUGCUGCGCAUCCCUGGCUUACUCAUGUACAUGAUCCGCCUCUGCCUGGCUCGCUCCGCGGCUGAACGAAGGAACGUCAAAAGGCACCAGGCCUAUGAGUUUCAGUUCGGGGCAGCUUAUGCCUGGAUGAUGUGUGUCUUCACCGUGGUCAUGACAUACAGCAUCACCUGUCCGAUCAUCGUCCCGUUUGGGCUAAUGUACAUGCUGCUGAAACACCUAGCAGACAGAUACAACAUGUACUAUGCCUAUCUGCCAUCCAAACUGGACAAGAAAAUCCAUUCUGGAGCUGUAAACCAAGUGGUUGCUGCUCCUAUCCUCUGUCUCUUCUGGUUGCUGUUCUUCUCCACUGUUCGCUCAGGGUUUUCUGCGGCAACGUCCAUGUUUACCUUUGUGGUUUUGGUCAUCACAAUCAUCAUCUGCCUCUCUCAUGUCUGCUUUGGACACUUUAAAUAUCUUAGUGCUCACAACUACAAGAUUGACAACCAGGACAUGGACGAAGUGGAAAAUGGACAACCAGUGUGCAUUUCUACGGCCAAUAAGGCAGCGGUAGGAAUUCAUGCUCUGUUACUUCAUAUUGCUAAACUGGAGAUCAAAAUGGCAGAACAAUUUCUAAUGUACAUCGCUCAGGUACUUCAGGACCCAAAUUCAGAGGAAACUGGAUCAGGCAGUGGCGAGGACGACGGCCAGGGGUCCUCGCAGGACGAGGAAAUAAUCAAUGUUGAAAACGGCCUGAAUGAAGACUUCCAGUCUGGUGAAGAUAGUCUCAUUGAUAAUGAAGUGCGGCACUGAUAGUUCCUGGAACAGAAAAAAAGAGAAAAACUUUGUUUAACCUGAUGAGUGCACUGAACAUGUGAAUUUAACUUGGAACUGAACCAACAGUUCUCCAAAGCAUCUCAGCCUCCAUCGAGGGACCUUACACUAACAAACAUAAGCACACUAAGGAAUAGAUUGAUUUUCUUUCAAGGACAUUUGCUUCUUUGGGUCCCAUGAAACAGAUCUUCUGUAUACCUGCAGAGGGGAUCUGCUCUGGCUCGACAAAGGCAACAACAUCCUUCUGCCCUGCUGUGGCCCAACCACACCCCAAGUCACUGAGAACAGAUCGACAAAAGAUGCACAUAUGAAGAGUUUUUUUUCUUUUUGCCUUUUCCUAUAGGGGGAGUGAUAUUCUCUGCAUUUUCUCUAACAUUAUUGCACUUGAAUGAAAGAACCUGGAAGCCCAGCUGUCACUAAAGUACAGCAAUUGGACAUGCAAGUCGAAAGCAUAGAAAGAUUUGUUUCCCUUCUCCCAUAAUUCUUUGCUAGCAUCUCUAACAGCUAGAUGCCUCUCAUGAUAAGCAGCUUAUAAGGGGUAAGAGUAGGAGUGGAGAUUCCAAAUGAGCAGGUCGCUUAGUAGAUACAGAAGAGAUGGUCUUAAAUGGUUCUUCCAAUUCCAUAGAAGCCUUUAAUGGAAAAUAACUAAAUGAAUGAAUACAUGAGUGAAUGAAUGGAUGAAUGAUUUUUUAAAUACUAACACUCCAGGAAGCUAUGACACAACAGCUAAAAAGUAAACCUGGACAUGUAAAGUUUCUUUUCUUUUUUUUUUCUGUCUGGACUUGAUAUUUAUUUGUAGGCUUGGGAUUUUUAAAUCCUAUCCAGCUUGAUGUACCCCUAAACUGUGGAGAAAGAUCAUGGAUAUCUUUCACAUCUUGACACACUACACUGACAGAAUCAUGUGUGGGCGUUGGGUCUCUGAGCCUUUGUUGGGACUGUUGGACUGCUGCUACUGAUGCUGACCCUGAAGGGGGAAGUCUUUGUACGGCUGCUGUAGGAGGACCGCGGGCUGAGAGUCUGUGGAUCCUUUUGUGUUGUUCAGGGGGAGAGAAAGGCCUUCUUUUCAUGGGUCUGCUUCAGAGGACACUCAGAGUGACUUCUUCAUUAUCUAUUGUUUUCAUUUAUGUCUUUUUGUUCAUGUUUACGUCUUUGUGUAGAGGUCUUGAUUUUAGCAUUAGAUCUAGGUGGCUACUCUUAGUUUUAUGACGGAUGGAGUGAAAAUCUUAUCAUCUCUCUGUCUAACUGUUUGAUGCUAACUUGUUUUAGAGUGGACAGUGUAGGCUUUAGGAAGCAGAUUAUAAGUUUCCAUGAUCAUUGAGCAUUGUUAAAGUUUCUCGUUUAUCAGUACUCAAUGCCAAAGUCCCAAUUGUUUAAAUUCAACUUGAGUGAUAGCCACAUGUCAGAUUUAGCUGCUUCAUGAGCUCUGAAACCAUUAGUUUUGGCCGGUGAAUGGCGCAUUCAAUGUGCAGAUCCCCUACUCAAAGCCCUAAGCCAUAUCAUGUUCUGAGCUCCUGUCUUUGAGAAUCAUGCAGAUUACUU